UUACUUUAUUUGCCGUUGGAGUGUUCCGGCGUUUGGCGUCACGCGUCAAUUGCGUCACUGGCUUGUAGUUUGUACUUGGCGAUUUAGUAAACUCACUGGCUCAGUAGUCAGUGCCCCGCAGUCAUUAUUCGCCGACUGCCUUGCUGUUUCGUCACCGCUCUACGCUUGUCGAUCGCCUGACGUUUUAUUGACGAUCUACGUUUUUUCGGUUGUGUUUGUGUUAAGUAGGUAUACAGAAAAAUGAGCGGAGACUCUUAUUCAGAACGUACGUUCAUCAUGGUCAAGCCAGAUGGUGUUCAACGCGGCCUGGUUGGCAAGAUAAUUAAGCGCUUUGAAGAAAAAGGAUUCAAAUUGGUCGCAAUGAAAUUCAUGUGGGCAUCUGAAGAAUUGUUAUCAAAACACUAUGCUGAUUUAUCAAGUAGGCCAUUUUUCCCAGGUCUUGUCAAAUACAUGGCUUCUGGACCAGUAGUGCCAAUGGUAUGGGAAGGAUUAGAUGUUGUGAAAACUGGACGUUUCAUUCUCGGCGCAACUGACCCAAAAAAUUCAAAUCCUGGUACAAUUAGAGGUGAUCUAUGUAUCCAAGUCGGCCGCAACAUAAUUCAUGGUUCGGACGCUGUUGAAUCAGCCAACAAAGAAAUUGCACUGUGGUUUUCGGAGAAAGAAGUGGUAUCAUGGUCAAGAGCCAGUGACUCUUGGUUGUAUGGCGAAAACUAAAAUAUAACUAUUUAUUUUUCAAGCAUAUAUAUAUAUAAUUACUUGGUCAUUAGAUCAAUUAGUUAUAAUUUGGUAGUAGAAAUGCACCUAAUUAUUAUCAAAAUUAUUAAAUAAUUGAUUCAAUAUGCCUUAUGCUCAUUUGCAAUUCUUUAAAAAAUGAAUUAAAUAUUAAAUCUUUUAUUUUGAAAAUAUUAUUCUUAUAAAUAUAUUAUGUUAUGUACAUCAAUUGAAAUUUUGCAAUACUGAAUAUUAAUUUUUUUGUUUUUUCUUCAUUUGAUCUUCAUCAUUACUAUCACUUCUUUUAUUUUUUCCUGAUAACCAAGAUGUCAUAAAAGUGCUGCUUUUGUUCACUCUGUAAAUAAACAGUAAAUAUGAAAUUACUUAAAUAAAAACUAAUAAAAAAGUUA